GAGAGAAGAAGAGAAGGGACACCACGAUGGACGACCCCACCUUAUUACCCCUUGUGGAUGUGGAUAAAGGGUUUGCCAUCGCCUUGUUCCUGCUCCUGUGUAUUUUUCUGGCCAUGAUGAUUGUGCGCUGCGCCAGGCUCAUAAUGGACCCUUAUAAGGACAUCCCAAAUUCCAUGUGGGAGGACCAAUAGGAAGUUCUUGGCAGACAAAGGAGAAUUCUUAGGAUAUUAAUGCUGUGGAAAGCCUUUGAUCAUAUGGCACAGGAAAACGUGGCCUACCACAGCUACAGGCCUUUCCUCUACAAUGGCUCACAUCAGGCAGAACACUACAGUAGCACAUAUCUCCAAAAUCACUGCCUUUACUUGGGAGAGACUGUGAAGGAUUAUGGGAAAAGAAACUGCCACAUCAGCACUCCCUUGAUGCGCCAUAAAUUAUGCUAAUUUCAUUAGCGAAAUGUGCUGGUUUCCAAUGCACAUUUGUUGUCAUUCAUCUGCAAGAGAAUCCGAGGAACUGUCCAACAGUUCAUUUAGUACUCAGCAGCCCGCUGAAAAUAUAAGCAGCAAGCAGUGCGGUUCUCCUAUGUGCAGCCCCUUCCAGCAAAAAAAUGGCAGAGGAGGUUUUCCAAUUGACAGCUAAACGGAAUCCGGCAUAUAAUCAGGGUUAUUUACAGGACAACUAAGCACAUCCUUAUUCAGUUACGUUCCAAAUGACAUGUUUCCAUGCAUUAACUUUACUGGAACAUACACCAAUAUAAUACACAUGUGAUGUAUGUAUGUAUGUGUAUAUAUACACACACACACACACACACACACACACACACACACACACACACACACACACACACACACACACACACACACACACACACACACACACA